CGGUCCCGGGGGGGGAGGGCCAGGCUGACCCGGAAGCGCAUGACUCUCCGCCCGCAGCAGCGCAGCCUCGGAGAUGGCGGAAUGGAAGGAGGAGGUGGAGGUGCUGGUGCAGCGGGUGGUGAAGGACAUCACCGGCGCCUUCCGCAGGAACCCCAACAUAGAUGAAAUUGGAUUAAUUCCAUGCCCGGAAGCAAAGUAUAACCGGAGCCCUAUAGUACUAGUAGAAAAUAAACUGGGAGUGGAGAGCUGGUGUAUCAAAUUCCUGCUGCCGUAUGUGCAUAACAAGCUCCUGCUUCACCGACAGAAGAAGCUAUGGCUUAAUAGAGAUGAGGUGGUUGAUGUGACCUGCACCCUGCUGUUACUGAAUCCAGAUUUCACCACGGCAUGGAAUGUAAGGAAAGAGCUGAUUCAGUCUGGAGCCUUAAACCCAGUGAAAGAUUUACAUCUAGGCAAGCUGGCUUUAACAAAGUUUCCUAAAAGUCCUGAAACAUGGAUUCACAGGCGGUGGGUAUUACAGCGCCUCCUGCAGGAGAACAUUUCUUCCUCGUUGGUGAAUAAGGAAACAAGCUGUCACACACUCCCAGAGCAGAUUCAGGGAAUUGUUCGAGAAGAGAUGAAUGUGUGCUGUAAAGCAGCAGGGAGGUACCCAAGCAACUACAAUUCCUGGUCCCAUCGUAUAUGGGUUCUACAGCACCUGGGAAAACUAAAUGUUAAGCUUCUUUUAGACGAGUUGUCUUCCACAAAACACUGGGUUUCCAUGCAUGUGUCAGACCACAGUGGUUUCCAUUAUCGUCAGUUCUUGCUGAAGUCUUUACUGGUUAAAGCGCAGAUGGACUGUGAAAACUCCAGUAAGACUAGUCCCAGUCUUCCCAGAGAAGAGGAGGCCCCACGCCUGGAUCUGCCACUCUUCAUAGAAGAAGAAAUGGAACUUAGCAGAGAUCUUAUAGAAUCUUACCCAGGGCAUGAAGCACUCUGGUGCCACAGGCGCCAGAUACUCGGCUUGGUUCACCAACUGCACAAUGAACAAUCUCACUCCCCAACCCCACAAGUCAGAAGUGUGGAUGGUGCGGCUGUUGGCACAGGAAAUGGUUCACACAUCCGCAACAACAUUCUGGGUUACUACACGAACACCAUGGAUAUCGACGGAGUGUGUGACGCAAACAAGCAGGGCUACACUCAAGAAACGAAACGUCUAAAGCGUGCUCCUGUCCAAGACACUCUUAUAUAUGAAUCCGAGCUCAGGUUUAUUAACUGUGUCUCAUCCAGCUGCAGAAAUGCUGAACAGUCCAGGUUUGCUGCUUCAUACCGAAAAUGGCUGCUGUCGUUGCUAGGUCACUAACAGAUAACAAAUUACAUAUGGAUUAUGUUUGUGCAAUAUUUUCUUUAGCAGAGAUAUGGUUGCAAGGAUUGCAAGCCAUGCUCCUUUCACUAAUUAAGAGUCCACAGGAACAUUUAUUUUUAAUUUAUUUUUUCCUAUCGUUACAGUCAGUUUUUUUUUCUUUUCUUUUUUUUUCUUUUAUUUAACUCGGAAAAGAAAAUGCUGCAUCUGUUACAGGACUUUUCGUUCACCCUUUUCCUAAGUCAUUUCAUUCUAUUGGUACAAUUAAAUAUGGAUUUUAAUUGUUUCACAUGUUAGGGUGAGAGCAAUUGAAGGACGGUUACUUGAACAUUUUUAUUAAGAGCUGCAACUUUUUCGCCUUGGUUUACUAACAUUAGACGUUUUGGGUAAAGCAUUUAGUUUUCCUACCCAUCGCUGUGCCCUAAAUAAUCAUUAUUUUAAAGUAAUAAAAGACAACACAGAAA